GGCCAGACGCUAGCCGACACUGACAGGCACACUGCGCCGCAGAGCUAGCAUUAAAUACUGGUUUCAUUCAUCAAACUACUGCAAAGAUGCAGGAAUGGGCGAAUCAAUUAUGCGAGAAUCGACAAUUUGGAUCCAAGAUGACGGACUCAAAGUACUUCACCACUACCAAGAAAGGGGAGAUCUUUGAGCUCAAGGCAGAGCUAAACAGUGAUAAGAAAGAGAAGAAGAAGGAGGCUGUGAAGAAGGUCAUUGCAUCCAUGACAGUGGGAAAGGAUGUCAGUGCUCUCUUCCCAGAUGUUGUGAACUGCAUGCAGACGGACAAUCUGGAACUCAAGAAGCUGGUCUACCUCUACCUGAUGAACUAUGCAAAGAGUCAGCCGGACAUGGCCAUCAUGGCUGUUAACACCUUUGUUAAGGACUGUGAAGAUCCCAACCCUCUGAUCCGGGCCCUCGCUGUUCGCACAAUGGGCUGCAUCCGCGUGGACAAGAUCACCGAGUACCUGUGUGAGCCGCUGAGGAAAUGUCUGAAAGACGAAGACCCGUAUGUGAGGAAGACGGCCGCUGUGUGUGUCGCCAAGCUCCAUGAUAUCAACGCCCAGUUGGUGGAGGACCAAGGCUUCCUGGACACCCUUAAAGACCUCAUCUCUGACUCCAACCCUAUGGUUGUAGCAAACGCGGUGGCAGCGCUGUCUGAGAUAGCCGAGUCUCACCCCAACAGUAAUCUACUGGACCUGAACCCUCAGACCAUCAAUAAGUUGCUGACUGCUUUAAAUGAGUGUACAGAGUGGGGACAGAUAUUCAUUCUUGACUGCCUGGCCAAUUACACACCUCGAGAUGAUCGAGAGUCCCAAAGCAUCUGUGAGCGCGUGACCCCACGACUCUCCCACGCCAACUCUGCAGUGGUGUUAUCGGCUGUUAAAGUUUUAAUGAAGUUCAUGGAGAUGCUUCCCAAAGACUUGGACUACUAUGGCACCCUGCUUAAGAAGCUCGCCCCUCCACUGGUCACCCUCCUCUCUGCUGAGCCCGAGCUGCAAUACGUGGCUCUUAGAAACAUCAACCUCAUCGUACAGAGACGGCCGGAGAUCUUGAAACACGAGAUGAAGGUUUUCUUCGUAAAGUACAAUGACCCAAUCUAUGUCAAACUGGAGAAGCUGGACAUCAUGAUUCGCCUUGCAUCUCAAGCAAACAUCGCGCAGGUCCUGGCUGAGCUGAAAGAAUACGCCACAGAGGUGGACGUGGACUUUGUACGCAAAGCGGUCCGGGCGAUUGGCCGCUGUGCCAUCAAAGUAGAGCAAUCAGCGGAGCGCUGUGUCAGCACGCUGCUGGACCUCAUUCAAACCAAGGUCAACUAUGUGGUGCAGGAGGCCAUUGUGGUUAUCAAGGACAUCUUUCGCAAAUACCCCAACAAGUACGAGAGCGUUAUUGCCACGCUGUGUGAGAACCUGGACUCCCUGGAUGAGCCGGAGGCGCGUGCCGCCAUGAUCUGGAUCGUGGGAGAGUACGCGGAGCGCAUUGACAACGCCGAUGAGUUGUUGGAGAGCUUUUUGGAGGGUUUCCAUGAUGAAAGCACUCAGGUGCAGCUACAGCUGCUGACGGCAAUCGUCAAGUUGUUCCUGAAAAAGCCCACAGAGACCCAGGAGCUGGUGCAGCAGGUGUUAAGUCUAGCUACACAGGACUCUGAUAACCCAGACCUCAGGGACCGCGGCUACAUCUACUGGCGCCUGCUCUCGACAGACCCUGUGGCCGCCAAGGAAGUGGUUCUGGCUGAGAAGCCCCUGAUCUCUGAGGAGACGGAUCUGAUCGAGCCCACGCUGCUGGAGGAGCUCAUCUGCCACAUUGGUACUCUGGCCUCUGUCUACCACAAGCCUCCCAGUGCUUUUGUUGAGGGCAGCCGUGGAGUUCAGCACAAGAGACUCCCCGGCAGUGCUGGAUCUGGCGAGAGUGUUGAGAGCCCAGAUCCAGGUGCUGCUGCCACUGAGACACCUCCUGCCGUCAUCCCAUCCCAGGGAGACCUCCUCGGAGAUCUGCUUAAUCUGGACCUGACGCCUACUACCACUACUGGACCACCACCACCCACCACCUCCGGCAUGCAGAUGGGGGCUAUGGACCUUCUCAGCGGCGGACUGGACAGCCUGAUGGGGGAUGAGUCUGAGCCGCCGCCCAUUCCCCUGCGGACGGACACUCGUCACUCACCUCAGCUCCCUCAUCAGUCCCCAUCGCCCCCAGAUUACAGCCCCACUGAGCUUGGUGGAGACAUUGGAGGAAAUCCUGCUAUGGGGGCUGCUUUCGGUGCUGCACCAGCUACCAUGCCAGCCUCUUUCAACGCCCCUGGUAGCGGCGGUCUGGAUGACCUGUUUGACCUCGGAGGUGGAGUUGGAAUGCCCAUGGGGGCCCUCAACCCCCCUAAAGCAGUCUGGCUUCCGGCCAUGAAGGCCAAGGGUUUGGAGAUAUCGGGCGUCUUUGUCCGCCGUGCUGGGGUCAUCCAAAUGGAGAUGACCCUCACCAAUAAAGCUAUGAGUGUCAUGACUGAUUUUGCCAUCCAGUUCAACAGAAACAGCUUUGGUCUCGCUCCGGCUGGUCCCCUUCAGAUUCUCACUCCUCUUAGUCCUAACCAGAGUAUUGAAGCGGCCCUUCCUCUCAGCACUGUGGGACCCGUCCUGAAGAUGGAGCCUCUGAACAACCUGCAGGUUGCUGUUAAGAACAACAUUGACGUAUUCUACUUCAGCUGCCAGUACCCCAUCAGCAUGCUGUUUGUGGAGGACGGGAAGAUGGAGCGGCAGGUGUUCCUCGCCACAUGGAAAGACAUUCCUAAUGACAACGAGUCCCAGUUUCAGAUCAAAGACUGCCAUCUCAACUCAGAUGCCGCCUCCAACAAACUGCAGAGUAGCAACAUCUUCACCAUAGCCAAGCGCACGGUGGAGGGUCAGGACAUGCUGUAUCAGUCCAUGAAGCUCACCAACGGCAUCUGGGUGCUGGCCGAGCUGAGGGUGCAGGCAGGAAACCCAAACUACACGAUCUCUUUGAAGUGCCGAGCUCCAGAGGUCUCCCAGUGCGUUUUCCAGAACUACGAGGCGGUGCUGAAGAACUGAAAGCCUCCCCACAUCGACCCGGCCUCAGACUCCUGGCACCUUCCCUCCCCAUCAACCUCACCCACCAACCAUAUUGCAAACUAAUGCAGCGCCAUGUCCCCUUCCUGCCGCGUUGGCGCUCUGUCUGUCAAUCCAGCUGUUUGGGAUGAUUUUGGUCCAUCGCUGUUUUGUUUUUUCGACUGCAGAGAAUCCUGGUUCACUGCCUUGGUUUGCAAUAUCCUGUUUCUAACACACAAGAUUGGGUUUCAGGACGUUAUCCUCUGAUAUAUUUCCUGAAUGAUCACUUUCAUAUUAUUGGUCUUCAACUCUGUGAUGGCUGGUAUUUUUUUGGAGACAGACUGCUGUAUUCCUGUGACUGACUGUUUUCUCUGCGUGAGGCUUUUUAAUCAUUAUCAAGCCCCUCUUCUUUGCCAUUUGGAGUCUAGUUUUAGCGUCUGCAAUCAGCAUCCGAAUCGUCACGGUCUGCAUAUUUAUUAAAGGUACCUCAAGAAAAAAAGCUUUAACUUUCUUCACCCCAUACCAUGUGUGAAGUGGCCGUAGAAAAGACACACACAUACUUACAAACUGCAUUACAGUUGUCUUUGUCUUUCUCUACGGCUUUCCUUGGUGUCUGUGGAUCCCUAAAGGCAGACUGUGUGCCGUGUGCGUGGAAGACGUUUGUUGGUGUGCGGUUCUUCUUAAUUUUCCAUCAAUUUCUGGAAGUCUUAGAGCGGCGGUCCUCUACCGCAUCCUGUUUUUCCUAGUCUUAUCCGGUUUGAUGUGUGUGUGCGUCUCUAUCACUUUCCCUCUGACGCAGCCGGUUGAGUACCGCGGCCACCUUUUUAGAUGAAGGAUCGCGUUUUAAACGUACAAUGCCGUGGCUUGUGAUACAUAAGUAUACAUGUAGGUAGCACAUUCAGUGUCCCUGUCCCACCUAGAGACCGGCACAGAUUAAUUGGAUUCCUGUUUCCGAGUCGUUACACUGAGGGCCUUAUUAUCGCCUCCCCAGGAUGUGUCCGUCCACGCAGACAGCUGGUAGAGAUCACAACAGAUGUGGCUGUGCAUCCUGAGGAGCACGCGGUUCGUGUGGUGAAGGCUUAUUAAUUUGAAAUGCUGUAAAAUUUAAAAUCUUAUGUUAAUCUGUGAGAAUUUCAUUAACAUGAUUUUGUCAAUUGUGUGUACAUGAAAAGAACUAUUAAAAGUCUUGAUAAAUUCACAGAA